AUGCUGAAUCCUGUGAAGAAACCAAGUUUUUUCUACUGUGAUGUAUGCCAUCGUACAUUUGAUCAUGGUACAUAUCGUUAUAAUUGUACCGUCUGUGGUAAUUAUGAUCAAUGUGAAGAAUGUACGACGAAUAUGAAUCCACCACAUCCUCAUAUACUCGUUCCCGAAUUAGCAUUUGGUAGUGGAGAAGAUAGAACUUGUCAUGAAAAAAGUAUGAGAGCUGAAAUUUACACUGCGAUGGAAAUAUAUUGCGAUCGACAUUGCCUGGGUGUACGUGAUGUUAAUAAAGACAAUCCAGAAAAUUAUUCUAAUUCUUAUACAUGGCUAACAUACAAAAGUAUAGGUGAUCGAGCAAUCAAUUUCGGUUAUGGGCUACGGAAACUGAUUGAACCACGUAGCUAUCUUGCUAUCUGUUCAUCAAAUCGACCUGAAUGGAUAAUAACCGAUUGGGCAUGUAUGUUUCAUUGUAUUAUUAGUGUACCAAUCUAUAAUCUAACAAGUGAUCGUGAUAUAGCUUUUAUUAUUAAUAAUACAGCAGUCUCUGUAGUUGUUUGUGAUAAAGAAACGCUACCAAAAUUUCUCAAAUUACACUCAGAAUGUCCAUCUCUUCGUCAUAUUAUCUGUAUGGAUACAGUGUCUGAGUUAGCUACAGAUACAUCUAUGUCAAUCUCAGUUCAUUAUAUGAAUGACAUCGAAAAUAUAGGCUCCUCUCGGUCGUAUUCAUAUCCGACAGCUCAACCAACUGAUUGUCUCACUAUUAUCUAUACAAGUGGUAGUUCGGGUUCUCCAAAAGGUGUAAUGAUUUCUGAUAGUGCUCUUAGAUCGAUCUUUCCCGAAGGACUAUCACCGCAUACAGGUGAAUCUAUAAUCUUCUCUUAUCAACCUCUGUCUUGGUAUGGAGGUCGAAACAGCGUACUCUGGACAUUUCUUUGCGGAGGACGAGUAGGAUUUUCUACUGGAAAUGUAUCUCGACUGAUGGAAGAAUUAGCUCUUAUUAGACCAAUGAUGUUUCCGGCUCCACCAAGUAUUUGGAAUAAAAUUUAUUCGGAAUACAAGACAGCUCUUUCAUUAAUUGAAACUGAUAAUCCACAAGAAUUCAAACAAAAAGAAGUAGAACUUAUUGAAGAAUUUUCAAAAUUAAUUCCAUUAAGAUGUGAAACGAUUGCUAUCGUUGGAGCAUUAAUCAGUCCAAUGGUUCUUGAUUUUUUAAAGCGAUGUUUUGGACGAUGUCGAAUUGAGGAUGCCUAUGGAAUUACAGAAUGUGGUGGUAUAUCAUUUAACAGUUUUGUAGAUCCAUCUGUUGUCUAUCGUCUUGAAUCAGUUCCUGAAAUGGACUUUACAACUGACGAUAAACCAUUUCCACGAGGCGAACUUUUAACAAAAACUCCUCAGAUGUUUUCAGGAUAUGUGAAUAAUCCAGAAGAAACUCGAGCGGCACUGACCGAUGAUGGAUUCUUUCGUACUGGAGAUAUAGUCGAAUUACGCCAAAUACCAUCUCAACCGCCUCAAAUCCACAUUAUUGAUCGUAAGAAAAGUUUCUUCAAACUUGCGCAAGGACAAUUUAUCUCGCCAGAAUAUCUUCAAGGCGUGUUCAGUCAAAGUUCAUUUAUUGAUCAAAUAUAUAUUCAUGGUGAUCUUCUUGAAGAUAAUGUUACUGCUGUUAUCAUACCCAAUAAAGAUCGUGCUCAGGUAUUUGCCAAUAAUAAUGACAAUAUGAAAUUAUUAGAUUCUGAUCCAAAAUUUUAUAACACAAUUAUGCGCGAAUUACAUUCUAUCGGAUUAAAAGAGUCACUUCGAAAGCAUGAAAUUCCAUCAAGAAUAGUCAUUGACUUUGAACCUUUCACAGUUGAAAAUGGACUUCUAACCUCUUCAAUGAAGCCAUGUCGUCCUAAGUUAGCUGCAAAAUAUGUCGAUCGUUUGAAGAAAACGUUUAACAUUGAGAAACAAUUAAAAACAAUUAUCGAAACUGUUACCGGUGAAAUAUUAACAGAUGACAAUGAAGUCAAUUUUCUAAUUGGUGGUGGCAAUUCGUUGACUGCUGUACGUUUGUCAAGAAUGAUUCGCGAAGAUCUUGGAGUAACAGUGCCAGUUAGUAUUCUUUUCGAACCUACAAUGAAUUUGAAACGUUUAACAGAACUCGCUCAAAGUUCGUCUUCUGCACUUGAAGAAAAGAUUAGUACUCGACUUUUACUUGAUACUGAACUUGAACUUGAAAGUAUAAUUGGGAAACCAAGAAAAGUAAAUAGUUCUCCAUCGAUGGUUUUUAUUACCGGUGCGACUGGAUUCGUUGGAGCUUUCUUGUUAUUCGAAAUGUUACAAAAGUAUCCAACUGACUGUAAGUUUAUUUGUCUUGUACGUUGUCAAUCAUCUAUGGAUCCCAUGAAUCGAAUUCGAGAAAAUUUACUUUUUCUUCAUUUAUGGCAAGAUAAUUUUCAAGAACGCAUCAUACCACUUCGUGGUGAUCUUGCUCAGAUCAAAUUCGGACUUGACGAUAAAACGUACGAUACACUUGCGAAUCAGAUUGAUAUUAUUUUUUGUUGUGGUGCUACGGUGAAUUUUGUGCUUCCUUAUAGUCAAUUAUAUGGAUCGAAUGUUUGUGGUACUCGUGAGAUUAUUCGUCUUGCUACUCAUACAUCUUGUUGUAUUCCUGUGCAAUAUAUUUCAACUAUUAGUGUUCUACCUCCAGGUAUCGUACAUGAAGUACAUAUUGAUGAGAUUCCACCUGAUGAUCUAACUAAUGGUUAUGCACAAAGUAAAUGGGUAGCAGAGAAACUUAUGGCUAAAGCCAAUCGUGCUGGUCUUCCAGUUGCUAUCUAUCGAUUGGGUUCAAUGUGUAGUGAUAGCAAAACAGGCUCAUGUAAUCCAUUGGAUAUAAAUACUAUUAUAGUCGCUACUAGCUUGAAGACAGGUUGCUAUCCCACUGGAGCAUUCGACACAAAACUCAAUACAUUACCGAUUAAUUUUGCUGCCGAAAGUAUCGCUCAUUUAAGUCUCAUGCAACCUGACGUUUAUGGAAAUGUUUAUCAUGUUAUACAUCCUCAUGGCGGACUGCCUUUUCAAAAUGUUAUCACAAGUGCCAAUCAUCUUAGUAUCAAGAUGGUGGGUGUACCCUUUGAUGAAUGGAAGACUCGAUUGGUACAACAAACGCUACAUGGUCGUUCACUAGAAUCACUCAACGAAUUUGCAAUGGAUAGUUGCUUUGUGAAAUAUUCUGUUCUCUCUUGCGAAAAAUUCUAUACAAUUGUCUCUCAACAGAACAUUCCUGCUAUGGAUAUCGCUUAUGUUAAUAUGUGGCUAACAUUUAUAUUGAAAAAUAUUGUUUAA